AUGUUUCUUGCUACAGGUUUCUUGGUUCUCUCCCUUCUCCUCGCAGUGCAGGCGGCUACUACGAGUCGUCCCCAGGGCUUCACUUGUGCUACUGGGCAGACCGUAUCAAACAAGGCUUGUUGCGCCUUGUUUCCUGUCAUGGAUGAUAUCCAACAGAACCUCUUCGAUGGAGGUGAAUGCGGUGAAGAGGUUCACGAGUCUUUACGUCUCACCUUCCACGAUGCUAUUGGAUUUUCUCGUUCUAUGCAUGUCCUAGGAGGCGCUGAUGGAUCUAUCGUUACCUUUUCCGAUAUCGAACUUGCGUUCCACGCUAAUGCCGGAAUAGAUGAGAUUGUGAAUGCUCAGCGUCCCUUCAUUGAAGCUCACAACGCGACUUUGAGUACCGGAGAUUUUAUCCAAUUCGCCGGUGCCGUUGGAGUUUCGAACUGUCCGGGCGCUCCUCGUCUCAACUUCUUCUUGGGCCGUCCGGAAGCGAAAGAGGCUUCGCCGGACUUGUUGGUCCCCGAGCCCUUUGACUCUACGGACAAGAUCUUGGCCAGGUUUAGCGACGCGAGUUUCAAUUCAAAUGAGGUCGUUGCACUCCUUGCUUCGCAUACCAUUGCCGCUGCGGAUCUUGUGGAUCCGACUAUUCCGAGGACCCCAUUUGACUCGACACCGGGCAUAUACGACAGCCAAUUUUUCAUUGAAGUCCAACUGCACGGUACACUAUUCCCAGGAACCAGCGGAAACCAAGGAGAGGUAGAAUCGGCCAUUGAGGGUGAAAUACGUUUGCAAUCCGAUGCUGAGAUAGCUAGAGACGGCAGGACUGCGUGCGAGUGGCAAUCACUGAUGACUGAUCACGCCAAGUUACAGCGAGUUUUCAAGGACGCGAUGCUCAAGUUAUCCAUCCUGGGCCACAACGAGGGGGACCUUAUCGAUUGCUCUGAUGUUAUUCCGGUUCCACCUGUUUUGCCGAGCAAUGCGGGCCCCCAUUUUCCACCUAACAUUACGAGGAAGGACGUAGAUGUUGCAUGCGCCUUUUCGCCUUUCCCGGCUCUCACUGCGUUACCGGGACCAGCCACUUCCGUUUCACCCGUGCCUCCUUCGUGA